AGCUGAUAACAAGCGCCAAAAAUGUGCGUUUGAAUGUUGAGAAAACCUUGGCCAACAUCGUAGUGUCCGACCAUCGGCGAACAACCCUUCCCUUCCAUCAAUAUCUGUGGUGCUGUAAAUCCCUGUAGAUAGGUGUUUUCCCGACAGUGUUUUAGGUGUUCCUUACCCUGUUUACCGUUUUGUACAGAGCACGUUGAACCUCGAGAUAAAAGAAAAGAAAAAAAGGAACGGAAAGAAGUGCGCAACAACCGUCUGGCGAGUUUAGGGGUUGCUCAAAAAUGUGAUGUGAUAGCGCGAAGCUGAGACGAUGAUGAUGGUGGCGGCUGUGAUUUGAUUGAUAGUUUCGCGAGUUGUGGCAUAUCGCCCGGUAGCAUCUAUCUGCUUCUUUCCCUCCUUUAAAGUGUUGUGUGCUAGUGUGCAAAUAGCAAGUCGGUCGGUCAAUCUUGCUAAGCAUAAAAGUCCUUGAAGAGAGCAAAGAAAAAACAAAUCCGUACCGCGCCAUGCGGUUGAAACACUAACCGCGAAUGUUGUGCAUUUGUGUGUAUGUGUGGGUACGUAUGCUGUGUGACAAUAGUGCUCCUCGCAACUUCCGUCCCCGGUUGGCUUUUGCCUGGGUUACUAUGAUUAGCACCAUAGCGCGGUAAGAGCGUGUGAGAGAUACCGAUAUUUUCCCCCCCCAACACAGUCCGUGCGAAAGCGAGACGGAUCGAUCGGAAUCAAACGCAGCAGCCGAGCGGAUGCUGUCGUGGGAGGCCGCAUCAUAAAAGGAUACGAUCAUCGUACGCGGGGUCUGACAAAAAGGUGCCCACGCAAAUAGGGCGUACCAGGCGGUUCGUCGCGGCCGGGUGGAAUUUUUCGGUGUGUGCUUGUGUCCUGUGUCCAAUCUGUCGAUCUACUCGUGUGUGGUGCAGUGUGAAGCAGGGGAAAAUAGUCUCGACUGUGUCGAGAGUGUGACGACUCCGCAGCACAGGCGUUGAACGUUCACUAGCCCUGCAUUAGCUCCCCGUCUGCUUAAAGGGAACGUGUGAAGGUCGUCGUCGCCGUCGGUCAGCGGUGGCCGAAGAACGUCGGUUCGAGAUUUCGCGCCAAACGUCCUUUUUUGUGUUGCUAGAACAGCAGGAUGGUAGCACCGUUGCGGUGACGACUCCUGGAGCCGCCGGGCUCUGAAGCAGCCCCACAUAAACCAUCAAAAUACGGCAACGUAUUCCGCUAGAUCCGACCAUUUUUUGACACUAAGCAGCGCGCGGUGAAGAAGAGGAACAAGAGUAGGACAGUGCACAGUCAUCGCAGUGCCGUAUGCAAACAGCUGUUGCUGCUGUGUUGUGAGUGGAUCCCGCAGUAAUCUUUCACCGUGGACACCGUCACGUUUGCGGAAGCGAACCUUCUUGGUCCUCAUCGACGGCGUGCUGGUGAGAAUAGUGUCGAUUCCCCAUGCACCCUAGCAGUUUGCCAACAACAUCGUUACCGUACAUCCAAGCAGUGACAACCGAAACAGUGUGGAAGUGAUGGCGACAAGGGGCGACAGGAAGAUGCGUGUGGUGGCGCUGGUUAGCGGUGGGAAGGACAGUACCUACAACAUGAUGCAGGUGGUUGCCGAGGGCCACGAGCUGGUCGCACUGGCCAAUCUGCAUCCGAAGGAUCGGGACGAGCUGGACAGCUACAUGUACCAGACGGUGGGUCACCAGGGCAUCGAGAAGCUUGCCCAGGCGAUGGAGUUACCGCUGUACCGGCGCAUGACCCGGGGACAUUCGAUCAACACCAAGGGCCACUACGAACCGACCGAGGACGACGAGGUGGAGGAUCUGUACGAGCUGCUUGCCGAGGUGCAGCGCGGUCAACACAUCGAAGCCGUCGCCGUCGGUGCCAUCCUGUCCGACUAUCAGCGUGUACGGGUGGAAAAUGUCUGCGCCCGGCUGAACCUUAUCUCGCUGGCCUAUCUGUGGCGCCGGGACCAGACGGAGCUGCUGCAGGAAAUGAUCGAGUGUCAGGUGCAUGCGAUCAUCAUCAAGGUGGCGGCACUCGGAUUGAUGCCGGACCGCCAUCUGGGCAAAUCGUUGAAGGAAAUGCAACCGCACCUGUUGCUGAUGCGCGACAAGUACGGGCUGAACGUGUGCGGCGAGGGUGGCGAGUAUGAAACGUUCACGCUAGACUGUCCCCUCUUUCGAAGUCGGAUUGUGGUGGACGAUGUGCAGACGGUGAUCAGUUCGGCCGAUCCGGUGUGUCCGGUAGGAUAUCUAAACUUCACCAAGCUACGGCUAGUGCCGAAGGAGCGUAUCGAGCCGGUGGUAAUAAAAAACUCGCUCGAUUUCAUCCACGAUCUGAACGAGUCCAGCUACAGCGAUCUGAGCGAUCCGGAUUUGAGCGAAACCGAGCUGGAGCUUAUCGAGCGCAGCAGCUGCGGGAUGGCGGCCGGCAUUGGGGUGACACGCGGCACCGUUUUGCGCAAUUCGUUCAGCAAGGACGAUCUUAGUGGGGCGGCAGUGAUAGCGGGAGCAGCGGGAACAGCAACGGUGGUACUGUCACGCAGCAACAGCAUAACGAAGGAGCUGACGGUCUGUUCGAACCUCGAACCAGCACCGUACAGUAAGUCACCGGUGCGGAUCAUUACGAAGGCACGCUCAAGCAUUAGUGCGGGUGAUUCGGCACCGAUCGCGAGCGAUGGUCCGGUCGAGGUGCUGCCACCAUUUCACUACGCACGCGAAAGUCGUCCAUUGAGCAAUAAACCACGUGCGAUCGUUAACUCCAAGGGCUGGAUGUGGGUGGCCGGUGUACAGGGCUGUGGGGAAGAUUCGCGGCAGGCGAUGACCAGGGCGCUCGAGACAUUGGAAGAGAUGGUGCAAUCACGUUCAUUUACGCUGCGACAAAUCUGCUACAUCACGUUGUACGUGCGAAAUAUGAGCGAAUAUAGCUUUAUCAAUGAGAUUUACUCGACGGUGUUCGCAUUCGCCAAUCCUCCGACGAGGGUGUGCGUGGAGUGUCCCCUGCCAGCAGACUGUGCCGUUGUUCUAGAGGCUGUUGCUUUUAAUCCCGUUUCUAGUGGUAAGUCCUGUAAUGAAAAUUGUCCGAUAUCUCUUGCCUACUUAGCUUCGGAACUUGAACAUAAAAGGCAGACAAUGCACGUGCAGGGCAUUUCUCAUUGGGCACCGGCUAAUAUCGGUACCUACAGCCAAUCGACAAAGGUCGGCCACAUCACGUACAUCUCCGGGCAGAUUGCUCUGGUACCGGGCAGCAUGACGAUCAUCGAGGGCGGCAUCAAGCAGCAGUGCAAGCUAACGCUACGCCACCUGAGCCGGAUAGCGAAGGCAAUGAAUGCGCAGGGUGGUCAGCUGCGGGACGUAGUGCAGGGCAUUUGUUUCGUGACGCACCCGAGCUACAUCUAUGAGGCCCGCCGCCAAUGGGAACGGCGAACAGCAAACGCGAUCAUUGACUACAUCGUUGUGCCGUCACUGCCACGUGGUGCCCUGGUCGAAUGGCAGGUGUGGGCACAUUCGCAUAACGAUAAAUUCGAUUAUGAGGAAACAGGAUGCUCCAUCGGAGAGUACUCGAUAUCGAUUCGACGCCGCUGGAACUACGAAAACAACUGCGCAUCGAUCGUGUGCUACGUGUCAACGGGACUGGCCACAUCCACCACUAAGCUGACCGAGCUGACGGAUGACUAUCUGCAUCAUCACACGCAACUGGCACAACGAAUCACGCGCGAUCACAUACACGACACGAUCGCGUACGUCCUGCGCAAGCUACUACAGGCCUAUCCGGGGCUGCUCGGUAUCAGCCCGUCCUCUCCGUCCGCCGCUAGCAACGAUGAUGCGUUGAUGGGUGCAGAGGACGAUCAAAUCGCACGGCCGCAUCCUCCACGAGCACCGCCGCCGCCAUCGUCGGAUCUAGCAAAACCUGCCGUACAUUUGCGCGUAUUUUAUCAGGUGGAUGCGAUACCAUCCGUACAAUUUCUUAUCGAUGCCGUCGAGAGUUUUUUGGUAUCACCGGCCAACGUGGCACGGAUCGCGUACACUAUUAUACCGGCCUGCCAUCUGCAAAACUUUAGCACGUUCAUCUCGAUAUGCGGUUUACGGCAUCACGAGUAGUAGCGGGCAAAAUGGAUGCGAACCAAUGUAGAGCAGACAGGCGAUAAGCAAACGGCACUAGUCUAGUUGUAUGUAGCAUAGGAAACUCCCGACCACAGUAACAUACAUCCCAGCCUGGGUGCUUAGCAAAGGUUUUUGGGACGAAUGUUUUCCUGAUAGGAUGACGACGAACGUGUGAAAAUGGCACACCACGGUCUAAAUGUCGCGCUGCAACCGAACACAAGAGUGACCAGUAGUGCUACGAAUAGUUGCGUGUGUAUGCGUGUGCAUGUAUGUGUGCGAGUGUGCGUGUGUUUCUGUGUGAUCGUAAAUAUAUGUGCUUGCAAGUGAAUUAGAUAGGCCUAUAGUAUGAGGAAAACGGGGCGGGUUAAGGAGUGCGUGGCUCUCACAUGAAGAUGUCCCCCGUAUGAUAUUGUUAGACUAUUGCAAAAGAAUAAGGAACAAAUUAUGUAUAUUAAACUGUUGAUCAUUUAUACCAUUUGAUAGGCGAAAUGUUAGCGGUUUUAAUUAUUAUUGGGUUACUUUUUACAAUUGAUUAGCUAUGUUAUUGCUCAUCAGACCUAUAAAUUGAAUGUGU